AUGAAGGCUGGGAAGUCGAAGACGAAGGAUGUGCUUACUUUGGGAACUACGGCUAAACAUCAUCCAGAUUUGAUCUUUUGCUGCAAACAAGCUGGAGUAGCCAUCGGAAGACUGUGUGAAAAAUGUGAUGGCAAGUGUGUUAUCUGUGAUUCCUAUGCGCAACCUUGCACAUUGGUGUGUAUAUGUGAUGAGUGUAACUAUGGUUCUUACCAGGGGCGCUGUGUGAUUUGUGGAGGCCCAGGAGUCUCUGAUGCCUAUUACUGUAAGGAAUGCACCAUCCAGGAGAAGGAUAGAGAUGGUUGCCCAAAGAUUGGCAACUUGGGGAGUUCCAAGACAGGUCUAUUAUAUGAACGCAAAAAAUAUGGUUUCAAGAAGAGGUAAAGAUUGGGCUGCCUCAUCAAGCUGCUGCAUCUGCCUCAAAAACACCUGCAACCAGUGGAGAGGCGGUGGACUCGGAGCAUCACCUGCAGCGCCUGUGUCAAGCACUGGCACCUUUCCACCCUUUCCUCUCACCCAGACACAUGCUAGCAAUGGAAAAAGGAUUCUUGACACAGCACUCCAGCAGACCAUAUCAGAAAAAAAGUGACAAGAUUACUUUACAGUUUUCCUUGAAUUCAGAAAAAGAGAGUUUUUUCAUAUUGAUAUUUUCUCUCUACACCAAAAGCUUCCAAAACAGGAAUAACAUCAGUUUCUGUCUUCUGUUUGAAGAGUUAACUAUGAAGUUCCUACCUACAUUGAGAAAAAGCAAGAGCUUCAGACGGGUGGUAACUGUCCUGGUCAAACAUCUGCAGUGUGGUAGGAAGGUCUCAGAACAACAAAUGUGGGUGAUUUAUCCUUGCCAGGUAGUACUGGUCCAUGUUAUUUUCCUUCUAAGAAACUGGAAAGCUUUUUCUGUUGGUAUUUUAUUAAUAAAGUGGGUGUGUAUUUUCUGGUAAAAAAAAAA